UUCUUUUGGUAAACUUGGAUAAAAGCAUGGUGAUUGCAACACCAGGGUUGUGGGUUCAAAUACCAAAAUGUUUACUUAACACAAGUAAAUUGCAUUGGAUAAAAUCAUCUGCUAAAUGACCACACUGCUGUACUGUUCCAUUACUUAUUGCAGAUGUCCAUUUCUCCAUUUUAUAUCAUCGAAUCAUAAACUUUGAUUAUCGUCCCUUCGUCAUAAUAAUAAUAUCAUCAUCAUCAUUUAGUCUGGAGCUACAAGCCCAUCUCUCUGUCCUCCAGUGUGUUGGUCCAGUCUACAUAGUAUACUUCUAUAUCAGGGCAGUUUAUUGAAGUUAAUUAGUUUGUAUUAGUGACUGAGUCCACAGAGCUCAGUCAGUAGGCUGUUAAAUGAGAUCCUCUGGGCCGAGACCUUAGCACCUAUUAAAAGCCUCCCAUCUUGUAGGACUGUGACAUGUCACGGCUUCUGUGUGAGUUUAAUCACUACGCCUGCAAAUGUCACUCAUGUUUUGGUUGGGUAGAAUGGUUUGGCUGUAUGAAUGGGAGGCAUUGUGAAAGGAAGAUUGGACUUAUUGUAUGUGUGUGCAUAACUGCGUGUGUACAUGCAUUUGUUUGUGUGUGUGCAUGUGCGUGUGUGUGUGUGUGUGUGUGACACUCCUCCUAAUGUGUUCUAUGUUCUUCCCCCUCCAGCCACGUCAGAUGGGACGCGCCAGGGUCUGGAGAGUAUGAGGGGAGGAGUGUGUGCCACGCAGGGCAUGAAAGUGGUCCUUAAAGUGGGACAGAACCCCUAUGGACUGCCCCCGAAACCUGCCAAACCAGACCAAAGCGCGGGCCGCACCAACACCAGAAAUACAGGUGGUGCUGGUAACACCACUCAUCCCAGGAUUCCUAGCGGUGACGGCGGUGGUUCGGGAGGCACGGGUGGUGAGAACGGACCCCUUCCCCCCUCCAACGUGGCUGUCAUCGCCGGCGCCGCAGGAGGCUCCGCCUUUCUCCUCCUGGUCACCGCGGUGAUCUGCGUGGUGUGUUACCGGCGGCGACACGCCAAGCACUCGGAGUCCCACCACCCACCCCUGUCGCUGUCCUCCCUCACCAGCCCCAAGAGGCACGGCGGUGGGCACGGGGGAGGCCACGGGAGCGGGAAUAACAACGGCUCGGAACCCAGUGACAUCAUCAUCCCCCUGCGGACUUCGGACUCGGCGUACUGCCCUCACUACGAGAAGGUGAGCGGGGACUAUGGCCACCCCGUCUAUAUCGUCCAGGAGAUGCCCCCCCAGAGCCCAGCCAACAUCUACUACAAAGUAUGAAGGUCGUCACCAUGACAACCUACAGUACCACCAACUACCACCCUUCCCUGUUCUAUACAGUACAGUACCACUUACAACCUACCUACAAUAUACCCUGUUCUAUACAGUAUAGUACCACCUACAACCUACCUACAACCUACCCUGUUCUAUACAGUACAGUACCACCUACAACCUACCUACAAUAUACCCUGUUCUAUACAGUACAGUACCACCUACAACCUACCUACAACAUACCCUGUUCUAUACAGUACAGUACCACCUACAACCUACCUACAAUAUACCCUGUUCUAUACAGUACAGUACCACCUACAACCUACCUACAACAUACCCUGUUCUAUACAGUACAGUACCACCUACAACAUACCUACAAUAUACCCUGUUCUAUACAGUACAGUACCACCUACAACCUACCUACAACAGUCCCUCAAUGACUUACUCCAAAAGCAGAUGUUUAGGGCACUAUACAGCAUAUGAACUGCCCUAUCCAACCCCAGCCACAGCCACAAGUGUGUGUGUCUAUCUUACUGAAGAGGCCAUCCUUCACGCCCACCACUCUUCACUCAACUGUGUCACUAAGCCAAGUGAAGGUUCAGUAUAUAACCCCCCUACUGCCCCCCCCCCCUCCCAGGCCCUUUAAAGAGGACAGCAAUGACAAGUACUCUGGGCUACGACCCCUUUCUUUCUCACAGCGAAUCGAAACCCCCCAUCCAGAGCUGAAGAGAAGAGUCCUGCCCUAUACACCAUGAGGACAAGUGUGAGAGAACACACACCAAGCUAGUGUGAGAGAACACACACUAGUAACGCCACAGCAUGGCCUUAUGGGACUCGGACCCUAGAAAACCUACAGUCCAACUACCAACCAACCAGAGAACUCUGUCUGUAUCUCCAGUGCUGUGCUAUAGCAGACCUAUCGAGACUGGCCCCUGACUGGCCCUUGACUGGCCCCUGAGACAGACUGUGUCCCCUAAUGUUAGUUUGUUUGUUUGUGUGUGUAUGGUUUCUCAUUGGACCAGGGGCCUCUGACUCUCUCGCCACGUGAUCAGGCUCAGGUGCCAGAGGUCAGACCAAUUGAGUCUUAGUGACAUUCAGAUUCUUGUAUAUUUUAAUAACGUGUGUAUGUGUGUGCUUGUGUAUGUGGGACUAGGAUAAUAAUUAUGACACUGCUACACGUACAGGUGUGUGUGCAGUUAGUGUGCUUUAGUACAGCGAGUAUGUGUGUGUUUUGUGUGUCAGUGUGUGUGUGUGUGUGUGUGUGUAUGCCUGUAUUUCUCUGUGUAUACACUACGUGCGAGAGAACGUGCGUGUGUGUUUGUUCUUUAGACUUGUCUUAAAAACCAAAACUCAAAAAAGUGAGCGAAUAUAGGAAGAAAGUGAGAUUUUUUUAUCGCUAUCAACACUUAUAGAUGAUAUAUAUAUAUGAAUAUCCAGUAAGUCAUUUUUAGACGUCUUGUUUUCUAUUGUUUUUCAUUUUUAUUCCUCCACUUGUAAAACUCCACUGUUACUGCUAGAUAUUGUUUAUCCGCUGGUUUAUUUUUUAGAAACAUGACCUUAUUUCUUUCCCCUUUGAGUUGUAAAUUAAUUGAAUCCCUUUGUUUUUCUUUUCCUGGCGAACUGAGGUCUCUCCCUCUCUCUCUCAUCGCCUCCUCCCUCCCUUCCUCCCUCCCUGUCUCCCUCUGGGCCUCCCACCCCUAUGUAUAUUUUUAUAGUUCUUGUACUAUGCUGUAGUUUUGAAGUUUAGACCUCGUUUGUGGAAGUUCUUGAGGUAGAAACCAUCUAUGAACGUUUUUCUUUUCUCCGUUUUUUUUCAAAUGUCUUUGAACAACACAAGAAAAAGCAAAGGGGGAAAAUAAAGGAGGGAAGGUUCCAAAAUAAAUGAAAUGAAAAGCAAGAAGGUGAACCGGAGUCACUGUCUAGGGAGAAAAGAGAGUGACUGAAAACAGAAAAAACCGAAGAAGGAGUUACACACUAAGAAAGAAAAAGAAUGCGAGAACAGAUGGAAGAAGAGGAGGAGGAUAGGAGUUGAAUUGAGGGAUGAGAGAAGGAUCCCUGGGAAGGACAGAGAGCGUGAAGCGAUGACUGCGGCGAAGGAUAGGAGUCUUUCCUUUAAUGGAGGGCUGCGAAGGAGUGAUGAACCCUAGGAGGAGGGAGGAGAGGAACGGACACGCAACUGAAAUGGAUUUCAGGGGGGAAACCUCACUGUGGAAUAAGGAGGAGAGAUUUAAUCUCCCACACACACACACACACACACUGACAGAUAGACAGACAUACUCCCCUUUUACCUCGCAACAGCUUUAUAUUUGAGACACACACUCUUUAAGCUGAUUAUAAUGAUAGACACUCUCUGCAGACACACUGAUCCCUCUCACAUUCUCUUUCACUGUCACACACACACACACACACACACACACACACACACACACACACACACACACACACACACACACACACACACACACACACACACACACACACACAUAUACAUACAUACAUACAUACAUACAUACAUACAUACAUACAUACAUACAUACAUACAUACAUACAUACAUACAUACAAAAGAAUACGCAGAUUUUACACACAUACUGAGGACAAAUACAUACUGAUUGCAUUCAACACCACUACAUCUCUGCCUCACACACACACACACACACACACACCACACACACACUGACUGCUCUCAUGUGGCUCCCUAUUUUUCACACAGUCCUGGCUUUCUACCCAUGAUUAAGUCAACCUCUGUGUGUGACGGAAGGAUGAAAAGAUGUUUUGUCCUCCGUGUGUGUGUGUGUGCGUGCGUGCGUGUGUGUGUGUGUGCAUGUGCGUGCGUGUGCGUGUGUGUGUGUGUGUGUGUGUGUGUGUGUGUGUGCGUGCGUGCGUGUGCGUGUGUGUGUGUAUGGGUGUUUUUCCUCAAACACAGCUCCUGUCAGUCUCACUAUAAGCCUGUCUAAUGAUACCCGUUUUCACUUCCUUUUUCUAGAACAAAACAUUUUUCAAUGCCGUGUGAUCAGUGAUGUUGAACAGGCUAGCCUCUGUAUUGUUGAGACAAGUGUUAGACCAACACAGCCACAACAACCUUUGAAUACAUACGUACGUACUCACACAAAAUAGAAGACAAUAGAUACUGUGCCAUAUUUUGAAAUAUCCCUCAUGCUCAACAGGGGUGUGUUUGAUCCAGAAGCUUCACUCAAAGUGUGUGUUAUUCAUGUGCCUGUUGGAGAAGCUUCAUUUGGAAAAUUGCUGUUAAAUGUGUUACAAUGACAACUGCUCUCUCAUAUAAUUUGUAUGCUGUGUUAUCUGUUCACAUUAUACUUUUUGAACUUAGAAAGUAUUAAGAGAAAUUGACCAAAUCUGGGGAAAGUUUCUCCCCGGUCUGUGUGUACUCUACCAUCAUCUUGGUCUGUGUGUACUCUACCAUCAUCUUGGUCUGUGUGUACUCUACCAUCAUCUUGGUCUGUGUGUACUCUACCAACAUCUUGGUCUGUGUGUACUCUACCAUCAUCUUGGUCUGUGUGUACUCUACCAUCAUCUUGGUCUGUGUGUACUCUACCAUCAUCUUGGUAUGUGUGUACUCUACCAUCAUCUUGGUCUGUGUGUACUCUACCAUCAUCUUGGUCUGUGUGUACUCUACCAUCAUCUUGGUCUGUGUGUACUCUACCAUCAUCUUGGUCUGUGUGUACUCUACCAUCAUCUUGGUCUGUGUGUACUCUACCAUCAUCUUGGUCUGUGUGUACUCUACCAUCAUCUUGGUCUGUGUGUACUCUACCAUCAUCUUGGUCUGUGUGUACUCUACCAUCAUCUUGGUCUGUGUGUACUCUACCAUCAUCUUGGUCUGUGUGUACUCUACCAUCAUCUUGGUCUGUGUGUACUCUACCAUCAUCUUGGUCUGUGUGUACUCUACCAUCAUCUUGGUCUGUGUGUACUCUACCAUCAUCUUGGUCUGUGUGUACUCUACCAUCAUCUUGGUCUGUGUGUACUCUACCAACAUCUUGGUCUGUGUGUACUCUACCAUCAUCUUGGUCUGUGUGUACUCUACCAUCAUCUUGGUCUGUGUGUACUCUACCAUCAUCAUGGUCUGUGUGUACUCUACCAUCAUCUUGGUCUGUGUGUACUCUACCAACAUCUUGGUCUGUGUGUACUCUACCAUCAUCUUGGUCUGUGUGUACUCUACCAUCAUCUUGGUCUGUGUGUACUCUACCAUCAUCUUGGUCUGUGUGUACUCUACCAUCAUCUUGGUCUGUGUGUACUCUACCAUCAUCUUGGUCUGUGUGUACUCUACCAACAUCUUGGUCUGUGUGUAUGUGUCUGUCCUGUCUACAGUACAAAUAAACAACCAACAGGAAUAUACUUUCAAAAACAACCUCAAGCCAAACGACAAACUCUAUUCUGGUGUCUGAAUAAACUACAGCCUCUAUUCUGGUGUCUGAAUAAACUACAAACUCUAUUCUGCUGUCUAAAUAAACUACAACCUCUAUUCUGGUGUCUGAAUAAACUACAACCUCUAUUCUGGUGUCUGAAUAAACUACAAACUCUAUUCUGCUGUCUAAAUAAACUACAAACUCUAUUCUGGUGUCUGAAUAAACUACAAACUCUAUUCUGGUGUCUGAAUAAACUACAAACUCUAUUCUGGUGUCUGAAUUCUGGAAUCAUCCGACACUGAAAUUACAUUAUUUGACCAAGGUGGCCACUGCCACAGAAAUUAACACUUGAAUUUUCUUUCUGGAAUUUGUGGAGUUGCUACUCUGAAGAAAUGGCUCCUUCGCUGAGCACAGGCGUCAAUUCAACGUCUAUGCCACGUUGGUUCAACGUAAUUUCAUUGAAAUGACGUGGUUUUGUCUGUCUCUUCUCCUUCUCCAUCCCCCUCUCUUCUAUUUCUCUCUGGGAAGAAGCUCCCUCCAGGACUCAAAGCUCUAGCUUUUUAGUUUUCAUGUCGGUCAGUGUUUAUCUAGCAGGUUGUCUCUCUCUUUCACUGUUUGCUUUGGACUGUUCUCAAUGUGCUUUUUCUCAUGGACGCUAGCUAGAUCCUCCUAUCAAAAAGAGAGGUUUCCUGUUUUGUGAAAACGCACACCACCUCCUCCCUCACCCCUCUGAUGAUGUGUGGUGUGUGGUGUGUGUUUCUUUGUGCCAAUAGCUAGCGAGGCGAGAGAGAGCGAGUUGGCUCUUGUACGUGGCGUGUUGAGACUGUAUUGGGACACUAAUGUGUGAGAUGGGUUUUGUGUCCCCCUCCCUCCCUCCCCUCCUCCCCCUCCCCCCAUCACUAUGACCCCUCUCGACCUCCUCCUCUCCUCUUAUACUCCAACACACCCCUACAGAGACGGGAAAACUAGUACAUUCCUGCUUUGGAAAAAUGUUGAUUAAAAAAAAAAUGUUUAAGCACCA